AUGCGGCGCCGCCUGCUCGCGAACAGGGUCUGUGCACCUCGGCCCAACGCUCGGGCGGCCGGUGCCCCACAGCCCCCACAGCCCCCCUGCGUGGCUUUGAUUUCAAGAUCGCCCUCUUACUCCUUCUGUCUGUCCUGGCAGUUCUCGGGCGUGGUGGCCGACCAGUGGACCACCAACAGUGGCCUGCCGGUGUAUAAUAACGACGACUCGCUGACCGUGAACCUCCGGGGGCCUGUGCUGCUCGAGGACUACCACCUCCAAGAGAAGCUGGCGCAUCUCAACAGGGAGCGCAUCCCGGAGCGCUUGGUGCACGCAGUGGGCGCCUCCGCCAAGGGAUACUUUGAGGUUACUAAGGACGUCAGCAAUUUUACGUUUGCGGAUUUCUUGAGCGAGCCGGGCAAGAAGACCGACGUCAUUGUCCGAUUCUCAACGGCCGUUCCGUCCAGGGGAGGGGCGGAGACGGUGCGAGACCCCCGCGGCUUCGCAGUGAAGUUCUACACCAACGAGGGAAACUACGACCUGGUCGGCAACAACAUGCCGGUGUUUUUCAUCCGAGACGGAAUGAAAUUCGCGGACAUGGUCCACGCGUUCAAGCCCAACCCCGUGACGAACUUGAUCGACAACUGGCGCUUCGUUGACUUCUUCUCUCACCAUCCCGAGAGCCUGCACAUGUUCACGCACGUUCUCGACGACAUCGGCAUCCCCAAGGACUACCGCCACAUGAACGGAUUCGGAGUGCACACCUUCAAGUGGAUCAACAGGGAGGGGAAGGAGCGUCUUGUAAAGUACCACUGGAAAUCAAGCCAGGGUGUGGAGUCCCUGCUUGACGAAGAGGCCCAGGCCAUGGGUGGAAAGGACAGCCUGCACGCGACGCGCGACUUGAUUUCGAGCAUUGCGAAGGGCGACUUCCCAGAGUGGGUGCUGCACGUUCAGCUCAUGGACCCCUCCAGCAUCGCAUCCCUGGACUUUGACCCCCUGGACGCCACCAAGACGUGGCCCGAAGACCAGUUCCCCCUGCUGGAGGUGGGCCGCAUGGUGCUGAACAAGAACAUCAACAACUUCUUCAACGAGAACGAGCAGCUUGCCUUCAGCCCCGCGCUGGUGGUGCCCGGCAUCACCUACUCAGACGACAAGCUGCUGCAGUCGCGCAUCUUUGCGUACACCGACACCCAGCGGUACCGCGUGGGGCCCAACUACCUGAGCCUGCCGGUGAACGCGCCCAAGAGCGGCAUCCUUAAUAACCAGAUGGUGGACGGCAUCCUCAACUUCGUGAACAAACCGAACGAGGAAGUCAACUACUUCCCCUCGAAGAUCAGUGGCGCUCUGCUCGCGGAAAGAUACCCCAUCUCGGGUGAGAGCAUAUGCGGCAAGCGGAUGCAGCAGGUCAUUAGGAAGGAGAGCAACUUCGCACAGCCAGGGGAGCUUUACCGCAGCUGGGACGCAGAUCGACAGGAGAGGUUCGCUGAGAGGAUUUCCAAAGAAAUGCUGCUCCAGCCGGGAGUCACCGAAGUCCUGCAAAAGAUCUGGGUGCAUUAUUGGGGCGAGGUGGAUGUGGGCCUCGGAAACAAACUCAUGAAGAAGAUGGAUGACGCUGGGGUGCCGCUGUGA